CGGCUCCAUUUGUGUGCAUUUGAUUGGAAAAAGUAUACUACAUGAUUUGUCACAUGUGGCUCUCCGUAGUCUCACGCUUAGGGGGAGGAGAGGCGCAAAGGCAAAGAGGUCAAGAGGAGGGGAGCACGAACCACGUGUGCUCCUUGCCAUGUACAGCGCUGUCCUUCCUCGGUACACUUGUUUUUGUCAGCCUGCACCCCUCGCGUUAUCCGAAGAAGCUGAUUGGCAUUUGUUGUUUUUUGUCUUAUUUGCUGUUGCAUUAUCGCGCUCACACACCGAAGCAGAGCUGCGGGAAAAUUUCUAUCGCCACACUGACUGCCGACCAUGGUGAGCAAGACAGAUGACAUCCCGGCGUCAGUGCCUGACUGUAAUCCGGUUGAUCUUGCGGAUAAAGCCGGGGAUGGAGCCCAAGACGGCGAGACACAUCAUCUGAAGGCUCCCUGCGAGCACAGUGCAAAAACAGCCAUGGUGAACGGUGAUGGCGCUCAUGACCAUGCAGAGGAGACGGAACAUAAGCAGGAUGCAAACGACGAGGCAGACGCUGGCGAGGAGUCCAACGAACAGGAAGUUAUAGUGAUCCAGGACACCGGCUUCACAGUCAAGAUCCAAGCACCUGGAACGGAGCCAUUCGACCUGCAGGUGUCUCCCCAAGAAAUGGUGCAGGAAAUCCAUCAGGUUUUGAUGGACCGGGAGGACACGUGCCACCGGACCUGCUUCUCCCUGCAGCUGGACGGAAAUGUCCUGGAUAACUUUGCUGAGCUGAAGUCCAUUGAAGGCCUGCAGGAGGGCUCCCUGCUCAAAGUGGUUGAAGAGCCUUACACGGUGCGUGAAGCUCGGAUCCACGUGCGCCACAUCAGAGACCUGCUGAAAAGCUUGGACCCCUCGGAUGCCUACAAUGGGGUGGACUGCAACUCGUUGUCUUUUCUCAGCGUCUUCACUGAUGGAGACCUUGGAGAAAGUGGAAAGCGGAAGAAGAAGGGGAACGAGCUGGAGCAGAUUGACUGCACCCCACCGGAGCAUAUUUUGCCCGGAAGCAAAGAGCGCCCCCUGUUGCCUCUACAGCCACUGAACAAGGACUGGAAGCCACUGCAAUGCCUGAAGGUCCUGACUAUGAGCGGCUGGAACCCCCCACCUGGAAACAGGAAGAUGCAUGGUGAUCUCAUGUACCUGUACAUUGUGACCGUGGAGGAGCGCCACGUCAGCGUCACUGCCUCUACACGCGGCUUCUACCUCAACCAAUCAACCACCUACACCUUUAACCCCAAACCGGCCAACCCCAGUUUUCUGAGCCAUUCUCUGGUGGAACUACUGAGCCAGAUCAGCCCUGCUUUCAAGAAGAACUUCACUGCCCUGCAAAAGAAAAGAGUCCAGAGACAUCCCUUUGAGAGGAUAGCCACACCUUUCCAGGUGUACAGCUGGACUGCUCCACAGGUGGAUCAUGCGAUGGACUGCGUUCGGGCUGAGGAUGCCUACACCUCCCGCCUUGGUUAUGAAGAGCACAUACCUGGACAGACCAGAGACUGGAAUGAAGAGCUGCAGACCACCAGAGAGCUGACCAGGAAGAACCUGCCUGAGCGCCUGCUGAGGGAAAGGGCCAUAUUCAAGGUUCACAGUGACUUUGCAGCUGCUGCCACACGGGGUGCCAUGGCUGUAAUUGAUGGUAACGUAAUGGCAAUCAACCCCGGGGAGGAGACUCGCAUGCAGAUGUUCAUCUGGAACAACAUCUUCUUCAGUCUGGGCUUUGAUGUGCGGGACCACUAUCGAGAGCUGGGGGGUGACGCAGCUGCCCACGCCGCUCCCACCAAUGACUUGAACGGAGUGCGAGCUUAUGGGGCGGUGGACGUGGAGGGCCUCUACACUUUAGGGACAGUAGUGGUGGACUACAGAGGCUACCGGGUCACGGCCCAGUCCAUCAUUCCCGGCAUCCUGGAGCGUGAGCAGGAGCAGAGCGUCAUCUACGGCUCCAUUGACUUUGGAAAGACUGUUGUGUCUCACAGCAAAUACUUGGAGCUGCUUGAAAAGACCAGCCGGCCGCUGAAGAUCCAGCGACACAGUGUUCUGAAUGAGAAGGACGAGAAGGUGGAGCUGUGUUCCUCCGUCGAAUGCAAGGGAAUCAUUGGGAAUGAUGGCAGACAUUACAUCCUGGACCUUCUUCGUACUUUCCCCCCCGACCUCAACUUCCUCCCAGUUGACGGAGAGGAGCUCUCUGCGGAGAGCAAGCGGCUCGGUUUCCCUCGUCAGCAUCGUCAUCGCUUGGCUUGUCUUCGCCAAGAACUCAUCGAGGCCUUUGUUGAGCACAGGUAUCUGCUUUUCAUGAAGAUGGCAGCGUUGCAGCUCAUGCAGCAAAAAGCAAACAGAGACUCUAACAAGACAGAUGCUCCCGCCAUCACUGAAACCUCUGACACCCCCACAGUGACCAGUGCAGACACAAACCAGACACAGACUGCUGCUGCUGCUGCAGAGCCUUUAAAUGCAACAGAAGCCUCCACAAACAGCACAAGUCAGACGGACAGCAGUGCCCCUGCUGCCUCACAAACAGGAACUGAAAAGGAGGAAAGCUCCUUGAAGUCCACAAUAAUUGGGUCUCUAGAAUCUGCAGCCACCCAGAAUGGGGAAUGCAAAAGCCCACUGGAGGGUAAGGAUCUUGAGGAAACUAUUCCAGGAUUAGCUCAAGCCAAAGAACUGGCGGAGACCUUAGUUGCCGAAGAUGGAGCAGAUCCCAAAAGCCGGGAAGUCGUCCUCAACGCCUGCAGAGCUGUUGGCUCCAUCAGCAACACGUCCUUCGAUAUCCGUUUCAACCCAGACAUCUUCUCUCCAGGAGUGCGCUUCCCAGAAGACAUUGCAGAGGACAUCCAGAAGCAGAAGCAGCUUCUCAAAGAUGCUGCUGCUUUCCUGGUUUCCUGUCAGAUCCCUUCACUGAUUAAAGACUAUUUGGACCACAGCGCCCUGCCCAUGGACGGAGCCACACUAACGGAGGCUUUGCACCAGAGAGGGAUUAAUGUUCGGUAUUUGGGGACAGUUCUGGAGUUUGUCGACAAGACUCCAGCUAAAACUCAGCUAGAGCACUUUUAUAGAAUAGGGAUCAUGGAGCUGAUCACCAGAUGUGCAAAACACAUCUUCAAAACAUACCUUCAGGGAGUGGAGCUUUCGGCUCUGUCUGCAGCUGUAAGUCAUUUCCUGAACUGCUUUCUGAGCUCCUUCACUGACGCAGUCGCACAUCUACCUCCCGACGAGCUUGUGUCACGGCGCAAAAACCGCAAGCGCCGCAACAGGGUCCCAGGGGGAGGAGACAACACGGCGUGGGCCAGCCUGACCCCCAGCGAGUUGUGGAAGAACAUUGCUUCUGAGGCCCAGAGCUACUUCUACUUUAGCAUACACUGUGAAAGUGUCGACCAGGUUGUGGAGAAAUAUGGCCUUCAGAAAACCACUCUGCUCAGAGAGAUUUCAAUCAAAACUGGCAUCCAGAUUCUGUUAAAAGAGUACAACUUUGACAGUCGCCACAAGCCCACCUUCACCGAGGAGGACAUCCUGAAUAUUUUUCCUGUUGUGAAACACGUCAACCCCAAAGCCUCUGAUGCCUUCCACUUCUUCCAGAGUGGACAGGCCAAAGUGCAGCAAGGUUUUCUGAAAGAGGGCUGUGAACUUAUCAACGAAGCCCUUAAUCUCUUCAAUAAUGUGUAUGGAGCCAUGCACGUGGAGAUUUGUGCCUGUCUGCGCCUGCUGGCUCGCCUUAAUUACAUUAUGGGGGACCACCCUGAGGCUCUCAGUAAUCAGCAAAAGGCAGUUCUGAUGAGUGAGCGAGUUCUCGGCAUCGAGCACCCCAACACAAUUCAAGAAUAUAUGCACCUGGCUCUGUACUGCUUUGCUAACGGCCAGCUCUCCACCGCCCUGAAGCUGCUUUACCGCGCUCGUUACCUCAUGCUCCUGGUCUGUGGCGAGGAUCACCCAGAGAUGGCACUAAUAGAUAGUAAUAUUGGGCUGGUGCUGCACGGAGUGAUGGAGUACGAUUUAUCUUUGAGAUUCCUCGAGAACGCCUUGACCAUCAACUCCAAGUAUCAUGGAGUCCGGUCCCUUAAAGUGGCUCUCAGCCAUCAUUUAGUUGCGAGGGUCUACGAGAGCAAGGCCGAGUUUCGCUCUGCUCUUCAGCAUGAGAAGGAGGGUUACACUAUUUACAAGAACCAGAUGGGGGAGGCUCAUGAGAAAACCAAGGAGAGCUCAGAUUAUCUGAAGUAUCUCACCCAGCAGGCUGUAGCCCUUCAGAGAACCAUGAAUGAAAUCUACAAGAAUGGGUCCAACGCCAGCAUAAUGCCCCUCAAGUUCACUGCCCCCAGCAUGGCCAGCGUCCUGGAGCAGCUCAACAUCAUCAACGGCAUCAUCUUUAUACCACUGAGCCAAAAGGAUCUGGAAAACCUGAAGGCUGAGGUGCAGAGGAGGCAUCAGCUGCAGGAGCUGGGAAAGACUGAGGAUUCCACUGAGGAGAACCCAAUGGAAAUAGAAGAUAAAAUCCCUAUUGAUUAAAUAUUUCAAAAACCUUCAGUAAAGUACUGCAGGCUAUAGAAAACUGUAUGAGCUGUAGGAUAAAGUACAGAAGUUUCCUACAAGAUAUAAUCGGGAGGAAGAAGAUGAGGCAAACCGCAUAAAAUCAGUCUGAUGUGCAAUUUCAAAGACAACGUGGUGACGACGUCACUGACUGUGUUGGCUGCUGAGAAAUCUGAUUGUUUUGAAGAAGUUUCAGUAGAGUCAAGGAGACCAAGAAUGACCAUGACCUUGUAUACCAGCGCCUUAUCCACUAUAUUUUCAUCCCCAGACCAUCUUUUUCGCAACUCAAGCUCCCCACAACCCUGCAAUCAAUUGCCUACAGAGCCUCAAAGAUCUAUUGUUAUGUAGCUCCCCUGUUAUCUCCCCCAAAAAGGUGCUUUGUGUGAAUGAAGCAUCCACCCUGUCCUACAACUCAGGGGUUCUUUCUACUGUGCACUAAGACAAGAGAGGAGUCAUUCAAUUUCAGAUUUUUGUUUUUAAGUGGGGCUGUAGAAUGUAACUUUCCUUCAUUGUGGCUUUUUUGUUGCCACUUUGCAGCAGCCACUCAUCCUUUAGACACACCUGAUGGUAAAUGAAUCUGAACCUUAUUACACAGAAUGUUCCCAGAGGAACACCUUCCCAUUGCAGUGUUUCUGAGUUUAAGUUCCUCGGAACAGACAAAUGACGUGAAGCUCUUUCUCCCCUUUCAUUUCAUUCAUUUUCUUUCUUUUCGAUUUUUUUUGUCAAUUUUUUAAGUAAAUGGAUUUUGUUUUUUGAGAAUCAAGAAGGCAAUGAUGCUUGUUGAUUAGCAGUUAAUUUAAGCCAUGCUUGUUUUAUAGAAACUGUAUAGAGGUGUAAAAGAUGUGUAAAUCUCUGUUGGAUUUAGACAGGUACUUAAUGGAGAAGGCAGGUUUGAAAUACGUCCACUUUAAAUCUUAGUUCUCUAUAUAAAAAGCUGUGCGCAAUCUUCUAUUUUUACACACUAAAGGAAAUUGUGUGCUUGUGUAUGUGUGUCUACGUGUAGUCCAACAGGAGACCGUUGCUGCUUUCUGCUACUGCGUAGUUAGAAUAGAGGCUGCAAACAUUUGCUUUCCAAAUGUUUUAUACUUCUACACAAAGUGAAGCGGUUAAAUGGCUGUUUCCCCAUCGAUCCCACAACCUUCAUGGCCACCAAUGGUGUAAACGUGCUGACAUGGGAAGAAGGCACUCCGGUAAACCUUUUCUCACCAUCACAGGUGCUCAACGUUGGCAGUAGUGACGCUUUCACUGGAGCUAUAGGUGGUUUGUUUUCCAUUAAUUCAUCGAGUCUUCUUUUUUUUUUUUUUCAUGUAUCAGACAAUAUCUAACCAAGAGAGGAGUUUCAGUGCACUUUCUCUUGCUGUGUAUUCACAGCAUUAUCGGACAUGGACAGAAACAAGGCUGCCUCAUGUUGCUGCACCAAAAAAAGAAAAAAGCCUGCUUAAGGUUUGUUUGUAUACAUUCAAUGCUGUAUGUAGAUGUAUGUGAUUAAAGCAAUAGAGAGGUGGCAAUGGAGACGAUUUUGAUGGUUUUUACUCGACUAAAGAAAUGCAAGAUGGUGACUUGAUGUACCGGCGGAAUCGUGUGAAAAUAAAGAAGACAAAUGCAGAGCCAACCCCCCAUGACUGGAAGAUGGGUUUUUUACUUUUUUGUUUUUUUAAACAGGAAAUACCUUGCAGCAGAGCAGCAUUUAUGUUUGUCAUAUCUGAACGGAUAGUGGGUGCUUAUGGGUAAUACUUAACAAUAUACACAUCUUUUGUUUGCUUCCAGAUUUCCUCAUCUGGGUCUCUUGUGGCACAUUUUGAGAUUUUUGUUUUAACCUCAUUUUAACUUGAUUUUCUGCCUACCGGGUCUGCUCGCUGUUAUCAACAUCCUCCACUAGGUGGCAGAGCAACCCUUUUCCUACCAGUCACACAGACUAAACAAAAAACUAUUGCAGUAGAGAUGGGCAUAUGCUUUAGUGCUUCUUACUUAAUAUAUCAAUAGUUUUGGGAUCAGUUGCAAUCUCCUUAUCAAUAAAUUUAAAGGUUUGGUGUUUGUUUUAAGUAAAUUUGCAAAGAAUUAUUGAUGCACCAACUGGAGAUGUUUUUUCUAUGUUUUAACGAUUUCUCCUAAAAGUGCAGCCUUGAAUACAAUAACAAAUGAAAAAGUGAAGUGUAAACUCUACUGCACAUCAAUUUUAAAAGAUAUGACUGUUUAUUGAUGUGCUAUGCAGUCAGUGGCGACUGUUUCACUUACUGUUUGAGAUCCUGUGGAAAAAACAAGGUUUAAACAUGUUUUUUUUGUAAUUGAAGAACAAAUCUGUGUGGAAUAUUAUAGCUAUUUAUCCCCAAUAUGAACUUCAGUGAUUCCCACCAUAUUCAUUUGUUGUGUCUGCAACGCUAUAAAUUAUGUCUGAAUGUUUUAUAUGGAUGAAAAAUCUGCUCAAAGGCUCCUUGUAUGCAUUGUGGGCAAAUCUGCUUCAUCUGAUAGUGUGUGGUAUUUGUUGCUUUCUAUUCUACUUUCUUUGUCUGAGUAUGGGUUUGUAUUAAAAUAAAACUUGUAAAAUA